CUGGGAGUUGUUUCAGCCGCUCCAUCAUUCCUGGCGCCAUGGAAGGCAAGCGAAGUCGCGUUCGCCAUGCUUUUGAUGAUGGAGGACGCCUGUCGACGGCUUAUGGACAAGUCGUGGCCAAGAGGCCCUUCCUCCAUGUGAAGGAACAGGAGCAGCAACAGCAACAGGAAGAGCUACAAGAAGACGAAGAGGAAGAGAAACAACAGGAGGAGGUAGGAGUGGAAGAGGAAGAGCAUGAGGAUUCACCCAAUCUUUGUCAGCGUUGCAAAGAGCUUGAUCUCGACACCAUCUUCAAUGGUCUAUGUCCCAUCAGAGGCAGCAAGAGACUUUUGUGUCUCGCCAUCCGUGGGAUUGACUGCACAACUCGCAAGAUCGUAGAUCUACGGCCUGGAGACAAUUACAUAGCACUUAGCUAUGUUUGGGGUAACCAGCCGUUGGUUGAGAACAAAGGCAGUCGGGUUUUGCCAACCAACGCCCCAAAGAUUGUUGAGGAUGCAAUGAUCGUUGUCAAGGAGCUUGGCCAGCAGUAUCUUUGGGUCGAUCAAUAUUGUAUCGAUCAGCACGACGAUCAGGACAAACACGCCCAAAUCAAGAACAUGGAUCGCAUCUACGAAGGAUCUUAUGCUACCAUUGUCGCAUUCUCCGGGAAAGAUUCAUCUUCUGGACUCCCUGGCGUCAGCAGCAUCCCAAGAAUGCCUCAACAUCGGUUUACGUCUCCAAAAAUGACAUUACUAGGCUUCACACCUGCCUUGACGCAGCAAACCUUGGAAGCUUCAAUUUGGAUGAAAAGAGGGUGGACCUUUCAAGAAGCCCUUCUCUCACGGAGAUUGCUUAUCUUCACUCAAGAACAGGUGCACUUCCUCUGUUCGCGCGGGUGGUGGGUUGAAAGCUGCGCUCCAAGACCUCUCAUGCUUGGCGAGCGUACUGGUAAAAGCCCGUCGGCAACAGCCAUGACGGUACAAUCGACUUCUGCUUCGACCAUCCACUGGGCUACUCAGAUUAUCCUUGCCUGAUGGAAGGUAGCUGUUCACCAAAGGAAGAGCAUAGAGGUACCGAAGUAAUUUUUCGGUUGGAUGUGAAGGGUUCUGAAGACAUAUCAAAGAGGACGCUGAAGAGAAGGUGGAGUUGUCUCUUGGU